GUAGGUGUGGCUAAAUAGUGAAAGAAGUCCUUUAGCAAGCUUAGAAUAGAGCGCUUUUAUUGAGGAUAUCUCACAAGCUCAGUCAUCAGGGAACCCCCUUACAAAAAAAAAAAAAUUGCAGGAUUGUUUACCCUCCCAAAAAAAAAAUAAUAUCAGCUCCGGCUCCUGCUCGUUCAUUCCCUGAGCAGCAUGCGAGGAAUCCCCAGUAUUCCUCAGACGGCGCGGAGCUGAAGGACCAGCGUGCGACUCUCCAAGACGACUUGUUCACCCCCUCCCGAGGUGGGUUCGAGUCGGGGCCUCCUCCAUCCGCUCCCCCCCCUAGGGUGGCUGAGGCCAUGCCGCCGCUGUCUUCCUUGCUGUGCGUCCUGCCGCUGCUGCUGCUGCCGCCUGGAGGGACGGAGGCGGCCGUGACCAUGGAGGACUUCUACCCCUUCGGCCCGGAGCGGGGGGACGUACAGACGGCGGCCCAGGACGACGGAGGCUCGGGACUCCUGGACAUCUCGGUGGCGUUCCCCUUCUUCGGAGACAGGCACACGGGGCUCUAUGUGAACAACAACGGCCUGGUGUCCUUCCUUAGGGAGGUGUCCCAGUUCACCCCAGUAGCAUUCCCCAUCGCGGGGGACCGCCGGGUAGUGGCGCCUUUCUGGGCUGAUGUGGACAACCGGCGGGCGGGCCACGUCUUCUACCGACAGAGCCACGAGCCGGACAUCCUACGCCGGGCGGCCACCGACAUCAGGAUGCAUUUCUCCGACUUUCCUGACUUUAAUGCCACCUGGGUGCUCGUCUCCACCUGGCACAAAGUCACUUUCUAUGGUGGCAGUUCUACCACGCCGGUGAACACAUUCCAAGCGGUACUCAUUACUGAUGGCGAGGUCUCAUUUACCAUCUUCCAGUACAGCAACAUCACCUGGACCACCGGAAGACAUGCCAGUAGCGGUGGGGAUGAAAAUGGCCUGGGAGGCAUUGCAGCGCAGGCAGGUUUUAACGCCGGCGACGGCAAGCGAUACUUCAACAUUCCAGGCUCACGCACCCAAGAUGUGACCCAUGUGGAAACCACCACCAAUGUGGGCUUCCCGGGCCGCUGGGUUUUUCGCAUCGACCACGCCAAUGUGGAGGUGGGCACUUGCAACAACUCAGCGUCGGUGUGCCCGCACCUGAGACCGUGCCUUAAUGGAGGCCGCUGCAUCGACGACUGCAUCACGGGAAAUCCCUCCUUCACUUGCUCCUGUUUAUCGGGAUACACCGGGCGACGAUGCCAGAUCAAUGUCGACGAGUGUGCUUCGUUGCCUUGCCAGAACGGAGGAACAUGUAUAGACCUUGUCAACAGUUUCAGCUGUCAGUGUCCACCUGGAUACACCGGGUCUCUGUGUGAAACAGAUGUGGACGAGUGCAGGGAUGGGCUGUGCCUCAACGGCGCGCUGUGCGUGCAGACCGCUGCCAAUUUCACCUGCGUGUGCCUGCCAGGUUACACCGGCGUGCUGUGCCAGACAGAGAGGGACAAGUGCAACUCGCAGCCCUGCCUGAAUGGAGGCCAGUGCAUCAAUCAUGGCAGCAACUUCACCUGCAUUUGUCCCGCGCCAUUUACAGGAGUCGUCUGCGAGUCAGAGCUGAUGGAGCUGCAGUUCAAUUCAACUGUGUCCCAAAACCAAACCGAGGAAUGUCUGUGCCAAAAUGGCGGCGUCUGUGUGGACAGCAACGGGACGUGCAAAUGUCCCGCCUCCUACACGGGACUCUACUGCCAGUUCGAAGUGACGCAGAUGCCGUGCAGCAACAAUCAUCCGUGUCCAGACGGUGGGCCAUGUUUGGAGUACGGGGGUGCGUACUUGUGCACGUGUCAGACCAGCCCCGCAGAACGAGACCAGCAGGACUUUUACCCUUAUGUACAGCCCCGAUCCGUCUGUGACUCGACCCCGUGUCUCAACGGCGGCUACUGCUACGAGCGUGACGGAGGAUACACGUGCCAGUGUGCCCACGGACACUGGGGCAAGCACUGCGAGAAAGUGCGACUCAACACAUGCGCCUCUGGUCCGUGUCGCAACGGGGGCUCGUGCAGGGAGGAGGCGGGCAGCUACAGAUGCGUGUGUCCUUACAGGUUCACUGGGAAACACUGUGAAGUGGGGAAGCCUGAUCCAUGCGCGUCCAGUCCUUGUGUGAAUGGAGGGACAUGCUUCCACUACAUCGGGAAGUACAAGUGUGAGUGCACCGACUUCUUCACUGGAAGACAUUGUGAAGUCAACACUGGCACCGCCAUGCACCGUCACGCAGAGGUGGGUUGCGGGCCACCGCUGCAGGUAGAUCACGCUGAGGUUCAGUUUUCGUCCACCUUGCCGGGAUCAGUGGCCAUUUACCUGUGCCGGGCGGGAUAUGUUGCGGUGCCCAGAGCCACGCAGAGUGUAUGCGGCGUCCAGGGCGACUGGAGCCAGCCCCCCGUCUGUGAGGAACUCAACGAGUGCUCGUCUGAGCCAUGCGUCAAUGGCGGGACAUGUCACAACCACGGAGAGUCUUAUGUGUGCGACUGUGAGCAAGGCUAUAGCGGGAAACAGUGUCAGACAGACAUCAACGAGUGCCUGUCGGAGCCUUGCAAGAACGGAGGAACCUGCGAGAACCAGCCAGGGUCCUACUUGUGUCACUGCCCAGCGGGCCUCAAAGGGCGCCACUGUCAAACAGAGCAGGACAGCUGCGAGUCUAACCCAUGUCUGAACGGCGGCGUGUGUCGUGCCUACAAGCGGACAUACAUGUGCACGUGCAAGGAUGGCUUCUUCGGCGACCAGUGCCAGAUGUUGGAGGAUCCCUGUGUGCUCCAUCCCUGCGGCAGCAGGGGCGAGUGCAGAAGCGACAGGAGAGGAAACUACAACUGCGUGUGCAAAGCCGGACAUACCGGGAAAGAUUGUGAGAAAGAUCUGCUGCCCCCCUCGGGCCUGCACGUGCAGCGUGUGGAGGAGAGCGAGAUGGAGCUGCGCUGGGACCAGCCGGAGGCAUCCUCUGCUGCGUGGCUGACCGGCUUUGUGGUGACGUACGCGCCACAUGGCCGCGGAGGCGCUCGCAAGGUCGACUUUCUGGACCGGCAGAGCCGGUGGCACGUCCUGCGAAGUCUAGUGCCUGGCCUGCUCUACAACAUCUCUACCUACUCCAUCAAGCGCAAUGCCAACAACGACCACGUCAGCAGGCCAGCCACCGCUCUCAUACGUACCAGGCCUCGGCGGGUGGAGCAUCUGCAGGUCUCGAACGUGUCAUCGUCUGAGGUGUGGCUGAGCUGGAGUCUCAACAUCAAAACGACUCGCCACGCGCCCGUCAGCAGGAUUAGAGUCACACUCACGCCCGAGGACGGCGGUCAAGCGCACACGGCCCUGCUCAACGCCACCACCAGCGAACACGCCUUCAGUUCUCUACUUCCUGCCCACAAGUACACAGUGGACGUGUUGACUCAAAGUGGACUCAGGCCGGACGAGUUUCCCUCCACAAGCCACUCGGCAGGACCCUUGCACUUUUGGACCAAGCCCCUCCCUCCGCAGAACCUGUCGCUGGCCCACGUCACCGCCAACUCGGCCGCCAUCACCUGGACCCCCGACCCGGGGCUCGUAUCCGACGGCUUUGUGGUGAACGUGACGCGAGGGCUGACCACCAGGAGCCGCUUUCUACCCGGCGGCCUGCUUGGCUCGUACACGCUCCGAGAGCUGACGCCAGCUCAGCUCUACCGACUCGCCCUGACUUCCGUCAAGAAGGCGGGACAGGAGCAGGUCCACAGCCAGCCUCAGUACCUGGACUUCAUCACCUUGCCAAUGGAGGCCAGGCCCAGAAGAAGAGAACGCCCGACCAAGGUGGGACGAAGGCCGUCCCAACCUCAGGAUGUGGGAGGUGGAGCAGAAACGAGGUACACUGAAAUGAUUGACAGGAGGGGAAAAAUCACAGCCAAGUUCACACACUUGCCAAGAAAAGCCAUUCGACAUCGGACCAAACCCCAGCCGCCGGUUCGAUUGGAGAGGAUGGAGGAGACCACAAAUAAAAUCAGCCUGGCACUCGAGAUUCAGGAGCAGACGACAUCCAGGGCAAAACUCGAGUCGGCCCAAGACUGCCUCAGUGUGCCAUGCCUAAAUGGCGGCACAUGCAGGAACGGCGGCGACUCGCAUGUCUGCGACUGCACCACUGGGUUCAAAGGCACACAGUGUGAAUUGUGUAUGUCAGCCUCGACACACACACACACACAUCGACACACACACACACACACACACAAACAUUUCAUUUUAACAUAUGAAGCCACGUUUAUUGAUAGGGAUAGGUCCAGAUUCAACUCUCAGACAAGCACCUCUUUAAAACAGUGACGCUCAUCAUUUGGUUCGUUUUCCACAUCAAUUGGCUUUUUGGCAGCUUUUUGAAACGCUAUGGGCCACCGUAUGUUAAGUAAUGGAGCAUGCUCUUUUGCUGUUGGAUUCUCUGGAUGGCUUUUGUCCCUAAUUUGAACCCAGGACCUGUGGCAAUCAUUGUAGCAAUCGCAGCCAAAGACCACAAAGCCACAUUUUAAUUCAUGUCAUCCUUUACUUGUCACAGGGCAAAUAAAACAUCUUUGCCUGUGAUACAUGGUAGCCAAUGAGACAAGUCAAGAUGUUUCUUCACACUCUGGUUUCUUUGAUUGUGGGUGUGAGUCUAUCUUGUGGUCAGUGAGGUCUGUGGUUCAAAUCUUAGUGGAACUUUCUCCAUUUUUCUUCAACCAUAUUGUCCCGAGAGGAUAAUUUUUUUUCCUCGAAAGACUGAGACUCCACAAGAUUAACAUCAGCAAAAACAGACAACGCUUUAGAAAAUACAGCAAACAUUACAACGCAAUGCUGUGUGGCACUUGUUGUCAAGUCAACUGACUGUGGGAAUGAGGGUUGGCAAAAAGAUCCAUCCUGCACUUUGCUGUCGUCAACCUGCAUGAUAUGAGUCUUGCUUCAGAUGACGGAAGAUUAUCAGAGAAUAAUUUAGUCUUUUUUUUUUUUACCUAGAAAAAUAUUUUUAAUAUCACAAGAAUUCUGCAAGAUUUUUUUAAAAUAAAAAAGUAGUAAUCAUCCAAGACUUUUUUAUUUUUAUUUUAAAAAAAACUUUUUAUUUUACAAGCUAAUUAUCUGACAAUAAAAAUUAAAUAUGAACUUUACAAGAGUUAUUUUUUUAAAAUUUAAAUUAAAAAAGUAGCAAUCUUUUUUUUUUUUUGGACAAGCUUAGAACUAAAUUGUAAUCUUGCAAGAAUUAGGCCAGAUUUAAAAAAAAAUGUGAAUAGUAAUCGACAAGAUUUAGCCCAUCUGACUUUAAGGCUCCAUCUACAUUUUUUUAUUCAAGCAACACCUUGUCUGUGUCUUAACAGGAGACAGCAGACAGCAGACAACGGGGCUUUGAAAUUGUGAUGCUAUAUUUACUCUUAAGCAUGUAAGCAUUUGCUCAUUAGGCGCUUGGGUCUUGGCACUACAGCAGUUGUUAAGUUAACCUAUCGGCUUGUCCAACACUCAGAACCAUGAGGAAAAAAAAAAGUAUUGCAAAAUAACCAGCUU